AUGGCCCGUGUGAGGGCGAUUGUCUUCAGACGAAAUCCUGACGGUGUUGCAAACUCCGACCUUCUGACUUCAGACGAGACGAUGACCGAACGAAUGUAUGGACGUGACAUGAUGCAGGUAAUGCAGGCUAGGAAACUUUUCGAAGUGUUUGCUCCGCUGAGUCAGGACAGCACCAGCCCGCGUCAGGCAAUGGGGCUGUGGAACGCUGCAUGUCAGCCCGAGUCAGGCAAUGAGGCUGUGGGGCGCUGCAUGUCAGCCCGAGUCAGGCAAUUGGGCUGUGGAACGCGGCAUGUCAGCCCGACGCCAGGGGAGCUGAGUCCCAAGCACUGGUGGCUAGUGGGGCUCGUGUUCCUGGUGGCAGUGACGGCAGGCGUUGGCGUGGGCGUCCCGCUGGCGCUCAGAGGAGAUCCAUCACACGCGCUCGCUAAGCGUCUGGCCACCGCACGCAGCAUCUUGACUGAGGCGCCGCUCAUUGAUGGGCACAACGACUUACCGUGGAAUAUUCGUAAGUUCAUACACAACCAACUGGAGAAGUUAAAGCUGAACGAGAGUCUGAAGAGCGUGGAGCCCUGGAGCCUGAGCAAUUGGUCGCACACGGACAUCCCGCGCUUGAAGGAAGGCAUGGUCGGGGGCCAGUUCUGGGUAGCUUACACUCCCUGCGCCUCGCAGUAUCUCAAUUCUGUGCAACUCACUCUAGAACAAAUUGAUCUAAUCAAAAGAGUAAUACGCAAGUACACGGACUUCAUGCAGCUAGUAACAAAUUCACAAGAGAUUCUGAAGGUGUUCAAGCAAGGGAAGAUGGCCAGCAUGGUUGGCAUCGAGGGAGGCCAUGGAAUUGGCAACAGCCUCGGGUCUCUAAGAAUGAUGUACGAGCUCGGCGUGCGGUACCUCACGCUGACGCACACGUGCAACACGCCUUGGGCAACUUCUUCCAUCGUGGAAUCGAGCAAGAACAACAAGAUGGAUUACGUAGGCGUCGGCCUCUCCGAGUUUGGCAAGAAAGUUGUGCUGGAGAUGAACAGACUUGGCAUGAUGGUGGACCUGUCACACGUGUCGACUCAAACGAUGCGCGACGCUCUGGCCACCACUCAGGCACCCGUCAUCUUCAGCCAUUCUGCCGCUCGCGCCAUUUGUGAUAAUCCAAGGAAUGUGCCAGAUGAUGUACUCAGACAGAUCCAACUGAAUCGAGGAAUAGUCAUGGUAUCCUUCUACGCCGACCACAUAAGUUGUGAUGGCAAUGCCAAUGUCUCUCACGUGGCAGAUCACAUCAACCACAUCAGGGACGUAGCAGGUGUGGACCACAUUGGCAUAGGAGCAGACUUUGAUGGCAUCAAUAAAACUCCUCAAGGUUUGGAGGAUGUCAGCUCCUAUCCCAAUCUGAUAGCCGAGUUACUAAGAGAUCCUCGCUGGAGUGUCGACGACAUCAAGAAACUGAUCGGUGGCAACAUAAUACGGGUGUUCUCUGAAGUGGAGAAGAAAAGAGAUGAGCUUCAGGCAGCAGGAUACCAGCCACAGGAAGAAGAGUUGCACCCAGAAUAUCUCAGAGGAAAAAGCAACUGCACUUAUUCCUUUGAUUAGGAAAACCUAUGUGCGAAUAUUAUGGCAUAGAUCCAUAAGAAAA